UUAAGGGAUGCUUGGAAAAAACUUGAAGGCAUGCCAAUUAUGGAAGCUAGGCACACCUACGUUGAAGCAUUGCUAAGAAUUACAACUGAGGCGUACAAAAAGAACAUUGGAAAAGAACAAGCUCAAGAAAUUAUUCACUCAUUUGCAGUAAUGAGACCAGUCGAAUAUGACGACACAACCGACACAGAUGAUACCUCCAAUCAAGAGGAAGAUGAAGAGCAAGACUACCUUCGUGAUAUUCAAAAUAUAAGGAGAACAUCUUUACAGAGACCACCAAAUAAUUACCGCUCUCAAAGACCCGCCUCGUAUCCAAAAUCACCUUCUCAAUCACCCAUUCCCCAACAGCGGUAUGGAAUAAGCCCUGUGGAUCGUAAUCAGCCAAAUCCGUCUCCUGCUUAUGGGACAUCAUCAUUUGUUACCACAGUAACUCAACAAAAGAACAUGCCUUUUUAUGACAAUAGCCAAAGCAUUCAUGCACACAUGCAACCUGCAUCUAAUCAUUCAGGAUCCAGUAGUGAACCACUAUUGAGUUAUACCAAUGAUACUUCAAACGACCGACAACAGCAUAAUGCUUCAAUCAUAUCUCUGGGUACAACCACCAAAAAAGCGUUGGAAGCUUUAAAUCAAGAAAUAAUCGCUUUGAAUGGUCGUAUUGAUGACCUUAAGAAAGAUUUAGUGGAACGAGAUAAGAAAAUGGCCAUCAGAAAGCCUGAUAUUGAAAGUAAAGAUCUAUCAUAUGAUAGAUGGAACUGGGUGACAAAGAUUGUUGUAAAAUAUACUGGUGUAAGUCCGAUGACAGCGCUUAUUUUAAUUCUAAUCUUGUACAAAAGCGGACUAUCAGGUAGAUUCUGGCAAAAGAAAUAA